UAAUAUUAUUUUCAGAUGAAAUAAAAAAAAACAAAGAAAAACUAAUUUAUAUCUAUGUGAUGUAUGAGGUGAUAGUUUUUGCAACCAUGGUGUGUACCAGAGGUCGCGGAGGUGCUUUGAUCUAGCUGUUGCCUUCGAGAAGAAACACGCUUCAGUUUAGAUAGGAAGAAGUUAAAAAGAAAAGAAAACAUAUCCUAUUUCUAAAGCUUUUCUAAAGCUUUGUUCAGACUCGAGUUGGCUUAAGAAUGGCAUAACUUUUGCAACUUUUUUUGAGGAAACUUUAAUUACAUUUUUUUCUCUCUUAGUUAUCAAAUAGAUUUAGCUAUUGUUGGUAAUUUAUAUUGAUUGUGGAGAUUUAUUAUUUAAUUUUAUUUUGUAAGCGCAUAGAACGGAUUAUAUAAUUAAAAGUUGUUUGUGAAAGGACGAAGCAUGGAUUUCGACAACGAAAUUAAUGGUGUUGCCGACCUCGAAGAAGGCGAAUUACUAGAGCUACCAGAAAGAGAUGCCGUUAUCAUUAAAACAGAUAGUCAAUAUGAAACCGAAUAUAAAAGCCUUGAAGAGCUGGGAAAAGGCAAAUUUGGUGUUGUUAAUAAAUGUCGCCGCAAAGCCGAUGGAGAAAUAUUAGCCGCGAAAUUUGUUCGCAAAACUGCGGCGUCAAAGAAAGAAGUGACGCGGGAGAUUGAGAUGAUGAAUUUGUUGCAUCACAAGCGGUUGAUUCAACUCUACGAUGCGUUUGAGACUGCAAAAGAUAUGAUCGUUGUGAUGGAGCUAGUAACGGGAGGAGAGCUAUUUGAAAAGGUUGUAGAAGAAGAUAACUUGACUGAAAAACAGGUGAUACGAUACAUAAAGCAGGUUUUGUAUGGCGUGCAACAUAUGCACAGAAGACAUAUGGUGCAUUUAGAUUUAAAGCCAGAAAAUAUUCUUUGUUUGGGUGGUGGCAAGCCAGGUUAUGAAGAAAUCAAAUUGAUCGAUUUUGGAAUGACCAGAGUUUUAAAAGAAGGCCAAAAUGAAAGUACAAUGUGCGGGACCCCAGAAUUUGUUGCACCAGAAGUGAUUACAUUCAACCCAAUCACUGUGGCUGCUGACAUGUGGUCCAUUGGUGUGAUCACCUACGUUCUGUUGAGUGGGCUCUCGCCUUUCAUGGGGGAUGACGACAGCGAAACGUUAAAGAACGUCACAUCGGGUGAAUACGAUUUUGAGGACGACGACGAAAUAUUUGAACAUUUAUCAGAUGAAGUGAAGAAAUUUAUCGAAGAUCUGCUUAUCCUUGAACCAAAGAGACGGUUGACAGUUGAUGAUAGUUUACAACAUAUCUGGCUGACGAAAGGAGGAAGCGAGAAAAAGAUUAACACUGCGAACUUAAAGAAGUUUAUCGCAAGAAGAAGGUGGCAGCGUACAAUGAAUACUAUUAAAGCUGUAAGCCGAUUAGCAGGUGGCUUAAGUUUGUUUGGGAAAAAAUCAGGAGCACAUGGGCUUGGUAAAGGAGGCUUUCUUGAGAAAGUGAAAAUGCAACAAUCUCUUGAAGAAAAAAAAGAAAAAGAAGAACAAGUCAAACAGAAGGCUUCAGAUUUGCAAGAGAAUGAUCAAGAACAAAAUUCGAAACGGGAUGAAGAAGUGAAGCAACAGGAAGAAGAAAUAAAGAAAGUAGAACCAGAAGAAAGAAAAAAAGAUCAAUUGGAGAAAGAGAAUGCUGAAAGGGAAAGAGAAGAAGAAGAACAAAGAAAGAAAGAAGAAAAGCGAAAACGAGAACAAGAAAUGGAGAAAUCAAAAAAAGAAGAAGCUGCUGUCGAGAGGGAAAGAAUAAGAAAAGAAGAAAUUGAAAGAAGGGAAAAGGAAAGGGAAGAACGCGAGAAAGAAAGAAAGAAAAAGUUAGAAGAAGAACGUCAGAAACGAAAAGAAGCAGAAGACGAGAGAAAACAAAAGCGUGAGGAGGAACGAAAACGUCGUCAGGAAGAACGGAAGCGAAAAGAAGAUGAAAGAAAAGAAAAACAGGAAGAAGGUAAAGUAAAAGGCAGUAUUGAUGAAUCUAGAAACUUUUCACAUAAAGAAAAUGGAGAGACUGACUUAAUUAUUUCCAAUGAUGAUAACAAUAACAAUAACAACAACAACAACAACAACAACAAUGACAACAUCAAAAACAACAAGAAUGAGGGUAUAAAUAUUAAAAGGACUGAAAAAGUAUUCGUCAAUGGCAUUGCUAAUGAAGCUAUAUCAAAAUUAGGGACAAGAUCAUCCAAGUCCUCACCCAGUUUUGAUCGAAGAGGAGCACCUAAAGUCGGUAGCGUUAGUAACAGGAUUGCGGCCUUCCAGACGGGAGACAUUUAUCGAAAAAACAAAAAGUAAAUGUGAUUUAAAAACGACUGAUGAAAUAAGGUGACGAUAAUAGGUGACAAUCUGAACGCUCGUCGUCAGCAUUUUAUGAAUCAUUGUUUGCCAUGUUUUCAUAUGGGGAUGACUAUUUAACAAAUGUGGCUUUAUUAUACCGCGCUAUUUUUUUUAAAAUCUUUUUUACGGGGUGAACAUACAUGGAACUUGAGUUCAGUAUAUUUUUUUUUUCUAUAAGUUAAUUAAAGUCUGACGAACCUGCCGUUGUUUCCUACGAUUUGAUAAGCCUGCGAUUUUCUUUGCAAAAGAAAAUCCCAUUGCAGAGAUUUUGUUUUUGACUACUGCUAUAUAGGUACACUAUUCACCAAACAAAAUAUUUACAUACUGUUAUGUUUAAACGGUUAUUUUUCUGUUUUAGGUUUUUCUGUUAAUUUUUUUAUGAUUUUAAGUCGGUUAUAUUUUUGAUGUAUAUAUAUAUUGAUCGCUCCCUGUAUGUAGUUUUUAUAGAAUCAGAUACCUUACCAUGAAAGCAAAAUGCAAUACGAGAGUAUAUUUCGUCUCGAAGCUCUUUUGCUUGAUAAGGUAUUGCAAUUUAAAUAGUUCAUUGAGGGUGUUUUUAUGUGUACUGUAAUGGAGUUUCUGAUGAUUUUGAGUUUUGGCUUAUUUCUUAUUAAAAAAAUCCAGUGAUGAUCUUA